UAUUGUCUUAGCUGUAAAGGACCCUACAGCUGUAGAAAGAGCAAAUUUACUGAACAUGGCUAAAUUGAGUAUCAAAGGACUCAUUGAAUCAGCUUUGAGCUUUGGCCGCACCCUGGAUUCUGACUACCCACCUUUGCAGCAGUUCUUUGUUGUCAUGGAGCACUGCCUGAAGCAUGGCCUUAAAGUAAGAAAAUCCUUUCUAAGUUACAAUAAAACCAUCUGGGGUCCUCUGGAACUUGUGGAGAAAUUAUAUCCAGAAGCUGAGGAAAUAGCAGCAAGUGUCAGAGAUUUGCCUGGCCUUAAAACACCACUGGGCCGUGCCCGGGCCUGGUUACGGUUAGCACUAAUGCAGAAGAAAAUGGCUGACUAUCUUCGCUGCUUAAUCAUUCAGAGAGAUCUUCUCAGUGAAUUUUAUGAGUAUCAUGCACUAAUGAUGGAGGAAGAAGGAGCAGUUAUUGUUGGGCUAUUAGUUGGGUUAAAUGUGAUAGAUGCUAAUCUGUGUGUGAAGGGAGAAGACCUAGAUUCACAAGUUGGGGUGAUCGAUUUCUCUAUGUAUUUAAAGAGUGAUGAUGACAUUGGAGGUAAGGAAAGAAAUGUACAGAUUGCUGCAAUUUUGGACCAAAAGAAUUAUGUUGAAGAACUAAACAGACAGCUGAAUAGCACAGUUAGCAGUCUACAUGCAAGAGUUGAUUCACUAGAGAAAUCGAACACUAAACUGAUCGAAGAGUUAGCAAUAGCCAAAAACAACAUAAUUAAACUUCAGGAAGAAAACCAUCAAUUAAGGAGUGAAAAUACCCUUAUUUUAAUGAAAACACAGCAUCAUCUAGAGGCAACUAAAGUGGAUGUUGAAGCAGAACUUCAGACAUACAAACACUCCAGGCAGGGUUUAGAUGAAAUGUACAAUGAAGCACGUAGACAGCUUCGAGAAGAAUCACAACUUCGACAAGAUAUGGAGAAUGAGCUAGUGGUUCAAGUUAGUAUGAAACAUGAGAUAGAACUUGCCAUGAAGUUGCUGGAGAAGGACAUCCAUGAGAAGCAGGAUACCCUUAUAGGCCUUCGACAGCAGCUUGAUGAAGUUAAAGCAAUUAACAUGGAAAUGUACCAGAAGCUGCAGGUUUCUGAAGAUGCUAUGAAAGAAAAGAAUGAAAUAAUUGGUCGAUUAGAGGAUAAAACCAAUCAAAUUAAUGCAACUAUGAAACAACUAGAACAAAGAUUGCAGCAAGCAGAGAAGGCUCAAAUGGAGGCUGAGGCCGAGGAUGAGAAACUUAAACAGGAAUAUGUGAAUAAAUCUGAAAGUCUGCAGAAAGAAUUCUCCCAGAAGGAGAAACAGCUGCUUCAGCUGGAAACAGAUUUGAAGAUAGAAAAAGAGUGGCGGCAAACCUUAGAGGAUGAUCUUCAGAAGGAAAAGGAAACUGUAUCUCAUCUGAGAAUAGAGACCCAAGAAAUAAUUAACCUUAAAAAAGAGUUCCUUAAACUUCAGGAAAAGAACAAGCAACUGAAAAGGAUAUGUCAAGACCAAGAAGCUGCUCUCCAAGAACUGGCAUCCAAGCUGAGCGAAUCAAAGCUGAAAAUAGAAGAUAUAAAAGAAGCGAACAAAGCAUUGCAGGGACAGGUUUGGUUGAAGGACAAAGAGGCUACGCAUUGCAAGUUAUGUGAAAAGGAAUUUUCUCUUUCCAAAAGGAAGCAUCAUUGUAGAAACUGUGGUGAGAUCUUCUGUAAUGCCUGUUCGGACAAUGAACUGCCUCUGCCUUCUUCACCAAAGCCUGUUCGGGUCUGUGAUUCCUGCCACGCAAUACUUAUACAGAGGUGCUCUUCUCAUGUGCCAUAAGAUUAUUUUAC